AUGGCGUCUUUAUUUGGGAAAUAUUACUUUUUGGAAGAAUUUUUAUUAGAAAAGCAACUUCCCUGCUUAUUUAAUGACCCUGUACCAAUAUUUUCAUCAAUAUCAGCAGGACAAAAUGACCCAAGACCUAAAGUGAAAGAUUUUGUGGACAAUGUUGUUGAUGUAUGGUCGGAGAGAAUUGUUGGUGUUAUGGAUGGCACUCACAUCCGGAUUGUUAAUUGUCCUGGGGGCCAGCAAGAUUAUAUCAACAGAAAAGGGUUUGCAUCCAUUCAAGCACAACUCAUUGUGGAUGACAAAUUAAUGAUAAAUGAUGUAAACGUGGGAUGGCCUGGCAGUACCCAUGACGCGAGAGUCUUGCGUAACUCUGGUAUCUUUCAUUAUGCGGAAAACAAUGGGAAAAUCUUACAAAAUCAUUACAUUAUUGCCGAUGGGGCCUAUCCUUUGAAGUGGUGGCUUAUGACUCCAUUCAGGGAUAAUGGACGUUUAAAUAAUGCCCAAAGAAGAUAUAAUAGAAUAUUUUCCUCAGCAAGACAAUGUGUGGAAAGAGCGAUAGGUCAUUUGAAAGGACGAUUCAGACGACUUCAAAAUCUUCAUGUUGGUUCUGUGACACACAUGUGUAAUUUAGUCAUAAGUGCAUGCAUUUUGCACAACAUGUGCAUUAUCUGCGACGAUUACAUCGAUGACUUCAUAGAUAUGACACAGGCUGAAGACAUCAACCAAUAUCCAAAUGUUUUCCAGAAUGCUGCUGAUGGAACUAACAUAAGAGAUAGACUUGUUGCCAUUCUUUGA